CUACGUGUGUAGUGUAAGCCGUGUAAGCGGUGCAAGUUGAUGUUUUGAAAUCAACAUCUCACGCAUUUUACACGAUGUUGGGCUCAUUAGUUAUGAAAUUAAGCCGUUUGUCUGUCGCCGAUGCGACGUAUGGUUAUGUACUUCGACCGGUACCUCAAAUAGCCGGUGGUCUUCAACAACAACGCUGGAAAGUGUCCAGAAGGAGGAAGCCCCGGUGGAUGCCCAUAGCUCCGAGCAAGUUGUUCAACAUCAUUGAGCGCAAACCGCGAGAUCCCGAGGAAACCCAACAACUCGAUCAUCUAUACAGGAUGUACAAGACGGAGAUAAAAUCAAUCAUUAACUACUUCGUAGGUGAGCAUAAGAAAAGUAUUGAGGCAGCAGACAAGUACUCCGCUAUAUCCAUUGAAGAAGUGAAGGAGCAGGAACGGCUAUUGGAGGAAAACGAGAAAGAGAAUCAGCGGGUCGCAAAGCUGAGAGCGGAAUGGAGAAAGAAAUUAAUGGAGGAGAGAGUUGAGGAGCUUCUCAAAAUCGAAGCAGACGCGAAGAGAGAAAUGGAAGAAAGGAAGAAACAGAUCGAAGAGAUCGUCAGGCGAGAGAAGGAACAGAGCGCCACCUACGUCACCCUGGAAAAGCUACAGGACGCCAUUGAGUUUGCGGUGGAGAACCCCGUCAGUUACAACUUUGCCAUAGACCUGGAAGGAAACGUGUUAUGGGAGGGGACACCACACAUGCAAGUGCAAUUUCUCAAACCAAAGCAGGAGAGUUCAGCAGAAGCUUGAUAGUUGCCCAAAGCAGGAUGUACAUUGAUAGUAGGGUUGGUUUUCCAGUGUAAUUUUUGUGUUGACAUUGAAGUAAAUCAAUAAUGUUUUA